AGGUGUCACAAAGACAUCACGAAAAGAGACUCUACUCGAAGGAGGUCCUCCGCACUCCUAUUUCUAAAACUGUAGUUUUGGUGUAGAGAUAAGUUGUUUUAUUUGCAGUUGUCUUAAUCUGAUACGACCUCGUCCUCGCUGCCCACCUCCUCCUUUCAUUAUCGUAGUUCACAGAAGUAGAGGCCCCUCGUCGAGAUGAAGUUUUUUUUUGAUGUUCAAUAGUACCGUGAUGUAGUAAGAGAUGUCUUCCUCAAAGCUGCAGCUGCUCAAGGGCAGCAGCACUAAAAGCUCUUGCAAGCUGCAGAGCAAGCAACCUGCUGCUGAUGCAGCUCUAGUACCUGUACCCGCCGCAGAAAAACAAAAACCUUUGCCACAACUACCUUUAUUGACCACAAAGCCCAUCGUGAACUCCCUGACCUUGAACAAGCCGGAGGGAGUGAACCCGUUGGACCUUUCUUGGGCUGUGAACAAGGGCAUUUUGAUGGUGUACACCCCGGAAAACUCGGCUUCUGCGAGCAGCUGUGGGUCACCGUCUGAUUCGGCCCAGGAACAGGAGGAGGAGGAGGAGGGAGAACGAGAAGCAGGAAAUUGUGCAGUAGGACAGCAAAUAAACUCAUCGGCGGGGAAGAACUCGAACUCCCCUAAGCCGCGGGUAAAGGAUAUGGAAGCGUCAGGUGUGAAAUCGACAAAGUUGAAAUAAACUUGUAUAUGCAUGAAAUCGAUACCAGUUGGAAGCCCAGUUUCCAAGCGGUGCAUGACAAAUUUCGGCGCCGUCUUCUAAAUCCAGUCUGUCAUGGUGUUUAGGGACAGAAGGCGUCUUUUGUCAUGCUACUUUAGCAGCUCUAUCUCAGACCCCAAACAGGCUGACAGUCGGCCUCACUUGCCAUCCCUGCAAGGGAGGCACUUCAUGCCUUGCAAUUUAUGCAUGAGAAAUUAUUUCUUCAUGCCUUGCAAUUUAUCUGCCUUGCAAGGGAAGCCUUCAUGCCUUGCAAUUUCUUCAUGCCUUGCAAGGGAAGCACUUCAUGCCUUGCAAUUUAUCUGCGGUGAGGUGCCCUUACAGGUUGUGUAGUGGUUUCGGUCGGUUUAGCAUGAGAAAUUAUUUCAACUUUGACGAUUUCAAUCCUGACAGUUCCAUAAAGGUGAAGGUCGGAAACGUGCAGAUGCAGGUGCUGCAGAAGAAGCAAAAGAUGAACAAAAAACCAACAACUGGUAAAGGGAAAGCGAAACAUCAAGCAGAAGUGCAAAACAAACAGAAGAAAGACCACGUCGCGGGAGCUUUACUUCUUGGAAGCAACAAUAGUGGCGGGAAAAUGAAGAUGAUGAAACAAAAAACAAAAACAGCAACAACUCCCGAAAAAAAAAGUGUACCGCCACGGGCCGCUCGGUCCGCGCCGCCGAAAUUAUCGAAGAUCGAACCGCGGCAGUUUUGGGGGCUCGAGACGCACGGGGUGGACGAUUUUAUGGACGAAGAUGAACAGUGGGACAUCGAGGAAUUUGAAGCUUUGAAAAAUGUCGCAAGCGACGCCUAUCAUGCGGGAAAUAACAAAACCGUGGAUGACGCGGACGUGGAUGCAGUGAUGGCAGCAGCGUAUGCGGAGGCCGAAGCCGCGACUGGCGGAACAGCCCUUCUUGCACCGUUCAGCACAGGGGGGCAGCAGCCGGGUGGGCAGGCGCAGGGAACAAGCAGCGGCUCCUCUUCAUCUUCCGCAAACGGCACAACAUCAAACAGUAGCACGACACUAGCCUCCUCCUUCCAAAGUCUUCUGCCCAAUUGGAUGCGCGACCUGAUUACGGGAGGGGGAAACAACAAUACGAAUAAUGCCAGCAGUGGUGGCGAUCAACAUGGGCCCUCAUCCUCAUCAGCCAGCUGGAACACGAACAACGACCUGUUUUUUGCGGGACAUAACUAUCCAUCCGAGGAGCUCCUGCAUAAAACUAACGACGUUAGUACUCUGCUUGGAGAUGAUGAACAAGGAGCACAACAACCAGAACCACAAGCACCGACUGGCGGAAUGGGAACCGCAAAGAACGAGGAUGAAAUGGUAAUCUCGGCGGCAUGGGGAUCUUCAUCUUCAACAUCUUCUUUCGACAAAGCAGGAGCAGCUAAAGCAGAGGUCGUGGGUAAAAAUAAUGCGAAUCUUGUCUCCACGUCUGCCUCUUCCGCGUCCGACGGCGAUGGAGAGCAGCUGCCGCUGUUCGGAAAAAACGUAAAUGCGAAGACGUUGAACUGCUUCGAUAGCAAGAACGGGGACCACGUACUAGGCCGCACAGCAGGCGCUGUCGUGAAGAGCACAACAUCGGUUGAUGUAGAGCAAAAAUUGGGGAACAAGGAUCUACUUCUUGGAGUCACCGCUGCUGCUGCUGCUGCAAACGAUGAAUCAAAGGCGGUGCAACAAGAACUUAUGCAGCUGCCUGCGACGUCGAAGGCGAUGGCGAAGGAACAGAAAGUGAAACAAGGUAAAGCUAUGAAGAAGGCCGCUACUUCGUCAACUUCUGUGGCUGCUGUCAUUGAAACGACCACGAGUUCUUGCCUACUUCCCGCGCCGGGAGGAGCUGCAGCAGGCCCAGAUGAAGUCGUGUCUAGCAAGGGACGAGGAGCCAAGAGCAAAACAGUAAAAGCUGAAACUAUCGGAACUACGAAGAAGCCAGCGGUUGCGAUUGUGCGGAAGGGACCGGAAGCGAAAGACGUAGCGAGGAAAAUGAGACAGGCGGCGAGUAGUUGUAGCUCUACUACGGGAGCUGCUGCGGCAAAGGAAACACAAACAAUGCCGAAGUCGAAAUCAAAAACGAAGAACAAGCAGGUGAAGGACGAAAUAGCAUCUGCAAAACAUUACCUCCAAGCUGACUCGGGUCCUGUUGGGCUGCACCAGAAAAAGACGAAGACAAAGUCAACCGCCACUAUAAAACCGGCCUCUUCAACAUCAGGUGGAACAAAGGGAAACAAGAAGACUUCUCCAGAAGCGGACGGGACUGCAGAGCCAAAUACCGGCAGUGGUCCCUGUGCAGCGGCAAAGAAGAGGAAACUGCGGAGCAAGUAAAAUAGAAUUCGGGAACGAGAAAAACAAUAAGUAAUAGAAAGUAGUACGGGAACAUGUGGAUUUCUGGAUGGAGCACAAAAGACGUUUACAGUCAUUCGAACAACGAACCAGUAUCAACAACAAAUGACGUCAUUUUUUCAAUUUACUUUAGAUUUUUAUCGCUCCCUGUCCCUUCUUGUGUACCGAUCAGCAUCAUCAUGCCGAGUUUAUAGCUGCAGGUCGAAAAAAAAUCUCCAUUCGAAACAGUAUGACGAGUUUUUCGAGGUUAUAAAAAUUUCUUCUUGUUUCCUAGCCUGUAUUUCUUUUGGCUCUUUGUCAUAUCAUACUCGAAGUGGGAACCAACUCUAAAAAUACCUGUAAUAUCCUUCUUGGGUUUUUAGCAU